AACAGCUUUUUCCUCAUCCUCAUUCUAGUAACGGCGGAAAUCCUCGUGACUCGUGCAAACAUACUUUGCCAUGUUGCCAUCGAGUUUAGUAUAAGAGUUGCAUUAAGGAUGUGAUUAGUGCCGCUCAGAGAGUUCAUAAUGGCUCUUCAGACCGUCAUUUAUCUCUUAUGGACAGUAACGUUAUGUGUGUGUCAGACUGCAGCAAACACGCAGCCAAACACCAUUAUCAUGCUAAUGGAUGACAUGGGCUGGGGAGAUCUUGGGGUACUUGGGGAGCCCUCUAAGGAAACUCCAAACUUGGAUCUGAUGGCUGCUCAAGGGAUGCUAUUUCCGAACUUCUACACAGCCAAUCCUCUUUGUUCCCCCUCCAGGGCAGCGUUGCUUACCGGUAGACUUCCUGUGCGAAAUGGAUUCUACACCACCAAUGGUCACGCUAGAAACGCAUACACACCACAGGAAAUAGUUGGAGGAAUAUCUCCGAAUGAGAUCCUGCUUCCAGAACUGCUGAAGAAGAAUGCUUAUGUCAGCAAGAUCAUCGGCAAAUGGCACCUUGGUCAUAGAAGUGAACAUCUUCCUCUAAACCAUGGCUUUGAUGAAUGGUUCGGUUCACCCAACUGCCAUUUUGGCCCUUACAAUGACAGCAUACGUCCCAACAUACCCGUCUAUAACAACUCUGAAAUGCAAGGAAGGUAUUACGAGGAGUUUAAAAUCAACUUGAAAACAGGUGAAUCCAACCUCACCCAAAUGUAUUUGAAGGAAGGUCUGGACUUCAUCACUCGGCAGGCAGCAGCAAAGCAGCCUUUCUUUCUCUACUGGGCUCCAGAUGCAACCCAUGCACCUGUCUACGCCUCGAAACUCUUCCUGGGAAAGAGCCAGAGAGGGCGUUAUGGUGACGCAGUGAUGGAGCUGGACCACAGCGUCGGUCAGCUUUUGGCCCGACUGGUCAGUCUUGGUAUCGAUAACAACACUUUGGUGUUCUUCAGCUCAGAUAAUGGGGCAGCGUUGAUGUCCGGACCUAUGGAAAGUGGCAGUAAUGGUCCAUUUCUCUGUGGGAAGGAAACUACAUUUGAAGGUGGCAUGAGAGAACCGACCAUUGCCUGGUGGCCUGGCAAGAUCCCCGCUGGCACAGUGAGCGGUCAGCUGGGCAGCGUGAUGGAUUUUUUUACCACGAGUCUCGCUGUGGCCGGUCUUGUCCCUCCUGAUGAUCGGAUCAUUGAUGGAAUAGAUCUAAGUCCCGCCCUCUUUAACAACUCACUUGUGAACAGGCCCAUCUUCUAUUACCGUGGCAACCAGAUGAUGGCAGUGCGGGUCGGCCAGUACAAAGCUCACUACUGGACUUGGAGCAACUCAUGGGAGGAAUUUAACAAGGGUAUAAACUUCUGCCCUGGUCAGGAGGUGCCUGGCGUCACCACACACACGCAAGAGGAGCACAGCAUGCAGCCAAUCAUCUUCCACCUGGGCCGGGACCCUGGGGAGAGAUAUCCAAUCAGUGUCCUAUCUAAGGAAUACCGGGAUGUCCUCCAGUAUGUCACAGCAAUAGUGAAGCAACAUCAGAAAGAUUUGAUCCCAGGGAUGCCACAGCUCAACAUGUGUGACCUGGCUGUCAUGAAUUGGAGUCCUCCGGGCUGUGAACAGCUGAAUAAAUGUCUCAAAGCACCCGAGUCAAAGCCAUGGAAGUGUGACUGGCCACAUUAAUGUAUACUUUUAAUAAUAUAUAGAUAUUAUAUUUUGCAUAAAGAAAACAAAGUCUUUGUGACUUUUUUUAAGCAUUUUCUCAGGUAUGGGUAUCUUGCAAAAUUAAAUUAAAUAAUAAAUAUUACAUUGCAGUAGUUUGUUGUUUACAGUUUAAAAUUACAAUGAAUUGUGCCUUACAAUAAAUUAUUACCUAUUUCUUGCACAAUGUAAGCGGAAUCAUGUGUAAACAAAUAAAGUAUAAGUAAAUUUAUAAAAAU